GACGACAUUGGACUAAGCACUCAACUGGCCCUAUUCCCGUUUCCCUCAUUCGGCCUAUUCUCAGCCUUAUCAUCCAUCUCCUUCACUCUCCCCAUGGAUCCUGCCCCUUCGAUCGGUACCAGUGAUUCACAAGCUGUGGCUUUCCAUCGAACUGUGCUGGCGCCCAUGAAGUCGACACAGGUGGCUGCCUUAUCUUCACACACUCUCUUUCUCAACUUUGCCAUCCAGAAUAGAAUGGCAUUGCACCUGCUCCUUGCCUUCUCUCACAGCGAACUCGCUAUUCAUCAAGGUUACAGCGACCGCCCUCCUUUGGAGUCCUACCUUCACUUCCAGCAUGGCUCCCGGCUCUUUACCCAACAAUUGGAGUCGUUCACACAUGCAAAUCAUAUCGCCAUGAUGCUAUCAUUCUUGUAUUUGUACAUGUUUUGGAUGCGACGUCAUCCUUUCGACGUGUCAAGAUUGAAGGAGUUGAGUGCAUCGGUUCUGGUCUACGUAAGAGCCUUUGCGCUGGACGAGCUGAUGAUCCUCGAUGUUUACUUUGCGCUUAUCACCAUUCAGCGGGAGAUCAACAGGUACAGCCAGGGUAGCGAAGCGAAAUCACCGGGCGUGGAGCUGGGUAUCAAGAGGAAGCUUGAGCGUAUACGAGAAGAACAAUCUUUCCUCUUUGAGUUGGCUGCCAACGGAGCCCAGCAGGUUCCAGCAACGCCACUGAUGGCACUCGUUGCCGUCACCAUUUUCCAUGCCCUGCAGAUAUACCUAGCUCGUAGUCGAGAUUCUGCUCUAAGCCAGCUUCCCGUUCCCUGUGAAGUGCAAAGGGCUCUGAAGGACCUGAUGACGACUGCGUAUUACACGGUGGCGACUGGGCCGGUCCAGCUACUUGAGAGGUUCCAGUGGGCGCUUCUGAUUGCAGGAAUCGAAACGCAUGAUCCCAUUCAUAGGGACUGGAUCUCGGCGAGUAUUUCAGAUCCCGCAAUCAAGGGCAUCUUUCAGCUUAUCCAGUCGGCUAAGGGGUCGUCGGGAAUCACCAUGCGGGCGGUCCGACGUCUAGUCAGU